AUGAACGUCGCUCGCCAAGUGUUGAGUCAACUCACAGAAAAGCCUUCCGUCUUCACUCAAGGUGGAAAGAACCUUUAUCAAGUCCUCAGUGUGCUUCCCGAAUACGGUGUCGGUAGUCGUGUGGCCUCUACAAAGGUUCUCAACAAUCCUGGUCUUAAGGACUCAUACUAUGAAGUCACCAAAGUCAAUCUCAAGCCUGGUCUCAAUCAUGGCCGUGUGUGGGGUGUACAUGUACUCAAGGGUCGCACUAUGGAGAAUGGCAAACCUGUAGAGAUUAGAGGAGGACUCAAAUACAAUUGGAAAUUGCUUGCAUAA